AUAGCGGCGACGGUUUAAAUUGACUAGCAGUUUGGACAACAUUGUAUAUAAACACUGUAUAUAAACGUCGCGUUUAGAACUAUAUACAUACCACUAGUUGUAUAUGCAGUCUAUUUUUAAUACGUAGGUAAAGAGCUUUUGAGUCGUUUAUUGAAGACACUCUUCAAUACAAAGGCUACUACGUUAGCGCUUCCGUAGUUAGCGGCUAAUUCGCUCAUUGUCGCUGUAAUGAGUGCAUAAUGUUUUAAAAGUGGCACCAUGAUGUCUGUUAGACCACCAACUAACAGUGGGGAAUGGGUUGUUCUACGCUCACCCAUUCGUGAGGGUGGCUUUUUAUCCGCUGGGGCGUCCCAAACUAAGCUGUUGUUCAAUGAAGCUGUUCCCACAUGCUUCAGCAACCGCGCCACAGUGGUUGGUCCACCGUGCCCCAUUGUGAUCGAGAAGCUGCUUCCCCUCUCAGGGGAGCUGCAGAAGGCGGACAGCAUCGGGAGCUUGCUCAGCUUCAGCAGUCUGUCUGAGGAGAAGCUACAAGCGGCUGUAAAUCUGGCCAAGAGAGACCUGAGACGACAACGAUUCAAUGCCAUGUACACAUCUCCUGUAAACAUUACUGAAGACGCUUCUACAUUGAACAAAAGUGACGUGGCGUUGCACCAGGAGAUUAAAACAAGACAUCCAGUCCACACGACCCAGAAGCGCCCCGUUGUUUUGCUACCCACAACAAGACAUCCAGUCUCCAGGCCAAUGGGAGGCACAAACCAACAUGUUGUCUUACGAAAGGAGAUCCGCAUGCUUCAAAAGGAGCUGGAAAAUCUAAAAAAGACUAGAGAAUCCAGGUUAAGUGGUGUCUGCACUCCAAAGCAAAGUGCAGAGGACACCAAUAGGCCUCACAUAGCCUGUAAGUUGACCUCGACACAACAUUCUGGUCUGAGGCCAACUGAGGCUGUGGGCCAGCGUCGUCUCUUAAACCAAGAGAUGCACACGCUUGACAAAGAGCUGGAAGCCAUGAUCCAGUUAGUGGGAAAACUGUCUGAGAGAGGGAAAGCAAAGGAGCAGUUGGAACCCGACGAACAAAAAAAGUUUGAGGUCCGCUGUCAGAAGCAAGCAGUGCGCUCAGCACGUAGCAUCUACACUCUUCAACAACAGAUUAGAGAGACACAGCAGUACAUGGAGAAGUUGCACAACCAGGACAUGUGGGAUGCUAAAAAGUCCACAGCAAUCCAGCGGCUUACAAGUGCUCAUCGUGGGACUCUCAAGGUUUUGCGGGUUGUUGUUCUCCAGCUUUCAGAGCAGUGCAUGAGCCAGCUCCCGUCUCAUUGCAAAGAACUGAGCAGGCUUAUUUGCCAGCUAUCAUUGUGCUCAGCCAAGAUACAAGUUGAGUCGGGUUCGGCAAUGCCCGAGACUGCUGUCAACAUCUUGCAGAAACUAGAGCUUUUGGAUUCUGCCAUAAGUACACAGGAGCUGUUGCUGCAAAAAAAAAAGACGCAAAACCAAGCAAGUUCUUUACAGAAGAAGUCCACUAAUCACAGUGUAUCACCUACCAGAGCACCAAAGGGUCUAAACAGAGCACGUGGACCUCCUAAUGCCACAAAUCCCACAAGACGUAGCCACGUUUGUUCUCAGAGGAUGGCGGCACACAAACAAAGAGGACUACAGGGGCCGGCACAGCAGAAGGUGCAUAUAUCUGACAACGAGGGCAAAAAAGAGGGGGCGCUACAGCAUGAGAAGAACAAGUCUCCACAAAUGCUGGGCGAUCAAAAGCAGAAUGCACAUUUCAAGCAGCCCACCGUGUCUUCUCGGCUGCGGGUGAAUCAACCUCCACACAGGGAGCCGUCAGUGCCGUGGAUACCUGCAUCUUCUCACUCUCUUUCACCGCCACGCUCUCAUCAAAAGAUGUCCCCUGAGCCCAGAUGUUUCUGGUCUCCCGAAAAGCCCUCAUCAUCAACUCCUGUUGGGCAGAAAGUUGCCUUGGGGUCAGUAACAGUCAAAGAUGCUGACUUAAGCUUAGAAAAAAAAGAACAAGCCCAGAAUGAAGCAUUAAGAGGUGUUUGGCUGGAGAAGACAACAAUGCAGAGACUGAACGAGCUCAACCAGCUCAGUGAAGAGGAGGUUGAACGUAUUAGGAGAUUGAGGGCCGAGGUCAUCUCGCCAACACAGUGGGCCGAGAGAGCUGAGCAGCAGGCUCGAGAGAAGAUCCAGCCUCUUCUGGAUGAAGCUAAGCAUCUUGGCGAGUCCAGGAGCAGGAGCAGCGGAUCUCUGAGGAAUAAGCUGUCAGAGCAGGCUGCAAAGACGAUUGGAGAUAAUGCUGAGCAGCUGGGUGAAGUCCUACUGGAUGAAGUCUUAGAGGAUGCUGCACAGGCGGCAUGGACGCUCAAGAUAAGUGAAGAGUUGGAAGGCGUCAGCAGGAGGGUUAUGCAAGCCCCCACCCUGGAGAGUAUGCUGCUUCGCAUGGAGGAGAUACAGAAGGACCAAGAGGAAGUAAGGAGGCGCUUUACCUCUAUUGCCUAUUCAGAACCUGAUCAGUUGGAGCAGCGAGCAGGCUCUCAGGUCCAAGUUUCAGGCUCCAGGCCAAACACCCCACAGCCCAUUAGACUGACGAGGUUGGUGUUGAGGCAGCCUGAAGCAGCUGAUAUUGUUCUGGAGAAACCCGUGGAGACCGGCAUCCUCUCUGAGAGCAGCCUGACAGAGGAGGCGCCCCAAGACCAGCAGCCAGGAAACAGAGUUGUGAUAUUCCCUGGUCCCAAGGAGCAGAGCGCCAGGACGGUCAUCAGUGUGCCAGGUAGCAUGCUGAGAAGCAUCAGACGCUAUCGGGACCAGUACGAUACCUACCUGUGUGAUGUGGCACAUGACCCGGGCGGAGGAUUCAACUCCUGGUCCAUUGCAGACAGCCUGGCAGAGGAGUUGCUGUGGGAUGUUGUGGCCGACGUGGCAGCAGAGUUUCAGGACAUGAUGGAGGAAUGUGCGGAGGCCGUCUUCACCUCAGAGUUCCUGCAGAUGCUUCAGUCUCCUCCCGCCUCUUCUGCUGUGGCCAUCCAUUAACAUGAGACCGCAUCUUCAAGGACUUCUCACUCUUCUUCUUCUGCUCCAUCAGGUGUUUUUAUUCACUUGGAAUUUGACUUUGUACAAAGGACUUGGAGUUGAUGUUCUGUGAUCACCUCUUCUAACUGCUUUCUUCUUCUUGUUGAAAUAAAGCUGCAGCAGAGAAGUUUGCUUCACUGCUUCUCGUU